UAAUUAUUUUGGUAUACCAAAAUCUAGUACUAGUAUCAUUAAUUUAUUCUAGUGGAUUUCAAUUCAGUUUAAUAAGUCAGGGCACGCAAAUUUGUGUUGUCCAUUCAAUUGGCGUCAUUAUCUUUGAAUCAGAUAAGAUAAGGUUGAAUUCAGAGAACAAUGGAGUUAAGAACAUUUACCUUACAACCCAACAUGACACACUUGUUUCCAAAAUUCACAUGUUGUGUCAAACCUUAUAAUUUCCAACAUUUACAUCAGAAGAAUUUUUCACUGAAAAUCAGUAGAAGAAAUUUGGGGUUGAUUUUUAGUGGAGAGUGCAUAUUUAGGACAAAGGGUGCAAAUGCAUUUGAUUUUGGACUUGUUGUCCCUGAUCAAACAGUUGAAGAGGCACAAAAUGUAGUGAGAGUUCAUGCACAAGAUUUAUUGCAAGUUAGAGAUUUGUUAGAAUCAAAGUCAUGGAAAAUAGCACAAAAGGAAUUGAGAAGAAGUUCAGCACUUUUGAAGAAGGAUAUAUACACCAUAAUUCAAAAUAAGCCUGGAAGUGAAAGGUCACAGUUAAGGGUACUCUAUUCUACUCUCUUCAACAAUGUUACUAGACUAGAUUAUGCAGCAAGAGAUCAAGAUGGACCUGAAGUGUGGCAGCGUUAUGAGAACAUUGUUGUAGCUGUGAAUGAAAUUCUAUCAAGAAUAUGAUAGUGUUUUGAAAUCAAAUGUAGCUGAAUGAAGAAAAAGGUUCUUGUUUAUAUCAUCAAUUUGUUCAUUGAGAGUUAGCUAAGAAUGUUGAGUGUCUAAAUUGUAAAAUAGGUGGUGAUAGUAAAAUGGUGCUAAAAUAAAAUUACGUUAGUUAACUCACGCUAAUUCAUUCUUGACAGCCGCAUGCUUUUUCAUAGUGAGUCAAUUUCCAUUCUCUCUCUCAUCUCUUCUCUUUUCCCUUCUUCACUUCAUUUUAAUUUUCCAGAUCUAACUCAUUCUCUCUCUCCGUGCUGGACAAUCAAUUAUUGCUAGCAAUUUUAUCACAAAUUUGUGACAAUAAAUGAUUGCAAGUGGGAUUUAUCAGGAAACCAAACAUGUUCUUCCUCUAAUCCAAAAAAAAAAAAAACACGUUCUUCCUUUGAUCUGUUUCAAUUUUAGUUUGUUAAUUAGUUCAAUGAUGGGGUUUGCAUCUUCAAUGAUGGGUUUUGCUUCAGUUCCUAAAAGACGCAAAAUUUGUCUGAGGGGUUUCAAGGAUUUGUGAAACUUUCAAAAAAAUUAAAAUUGUGACUGAAUUUCUCAUAAAUUAGUUAAAUGAAACAUUUAAUUUCUUGAUUGAUUGGAGAGGAUGCUGGUCUAGGUUGGAGAGAAUGAUUUCGAUUCCAGUUUCAAGGUGAGAGAGGAAGAAGAUGAACAUGAGAAGCAGGAGAGUGUAAGACAGAAAUGUUUGAAAGCUGCUGUCAAGUGUAAGAAUGAAACUAGCGUGAGUCGCAAGUUAACUCAUGCGGAGGUAAUAUGGACAUUUACUUUAAGAAUGAGCAGAAUAUUUGGUAAAAAGCAGAAUUCAUGGUUCUGUAGUUGAUAUUCUUCCCCUUCUUGACUUGUUUGUAGUGGACUGAUUUUUUGUGAGAUGGACUUUUGGUUGGAUA